AAGUCAUCAAGAAAAAUGUGCCGUUUAAGUGGGGAAAAGAACAAGAAAAGGCAUUUAGUCUGAUCAAAGAAAAGUUAACUAAUGCGCCUUUGCUUGUUUUACCUAACUUUGCUAAAACUUUUGAAAUUGAGUGUGAUGCUUCAGUCAUAGGUAUUGGAGCUGUUUUGAUGCAAGAAGGCCGUCCAAUUGCUUAUUUCAGUGAAAAGUUGAGUGGGGCAACCCUAGAUUACCCUACUUAUGAUAAGGAGAUGUAUGGCUUGGUGAGGGCUUUGGAAAAUUGGCAACACUAUCUAUGGCCAAAGGAGUUUGUGAUUCACCCAGAUCAUGAGUCUUUGAAGCAUUUGAAAGGACAACAAAGGUUGAACAAACGCCAUGCCAAGUGGGUGGAAUUCAUUGAAACAUUUCCGUAUGUGAUCAGAUAUAAGCAAGGUAAGGAAAAUGUGGUGGCUGAUGCAUUGUCCCGAAGGUAUGCCUUACUUUCCAUUUUAGAUACAAAAAUGCUUGGCUUUGAAUACAUUAAGGAAUUGUAUGCUCAAGAUUUUGAUUUUGGUGAUGUGUUCAAUGCAUGUGAAAAAAUGGCGUUUGGUAAGUUUUAGGUAUAUGGAUUUUUGUUUCGGGAAAAUAAACUGUGUUUGCCAAUAUGUUCUUUGCGCGAAUUGCUUGUGAGAGAAGCUCAUGGUGGUGGUUUGAUGGGUCAUUUUGGUGUAGAUAAGACUUUAGGAAUUUUGCAUGAACAAUUUUUUUGGCCUCAUAUGAAACGUGAUGUGGAAAGAAUUUGUGAGAAGUGUAUCACGUGUAAACAGGCUAAGUCUAAGUUGAAACCCCAUGGUUUGUACACCCCUUUGCCAAUACCUAGUGAACCUUGGACUGAUAUUUCUAUGGAUUUUGUUUUAGGUUUACCUAGGACUAAGAGGGGGAGAGAUUCAGUUUUUGUGGUGGUAGAUAGAUUUUCCAAGAUGGCACACUUCAUUGCAUGUCAUAAAACUAAUGAUGCAUCACAUAUAGCUGAUUUGUUCUUCAAAGAAAUUGUUAGGUUACAUGGUAUGCCUAAGACCAUUGUUUUUGAGGAUGCAAAGUUUUUGAGUUACUAUUGGAAGACUUUGUGGGGAAAACUGGGAACUAAGUUGUUGUUUUCUACUACUUGUCAUCCACAAACGGAUGGCCAAAUUGAAGUAGUAAAUAGAACUUUGUCGUCUUUGUUGCGUGCUAUCAUUAAAAAGAACUUGAAAGCAUGGGAAGAUUGUUUGCCACAUGUUGAAUUUGCUUACAAUAGAAGUAUACAUUCUGCAACUAAGUUUUCACCAUUUGAAAUUGUUUAUGGCUUUAACCCAUUGUCACCUUUGGAUUUAUCUUCUUUACCUUUGAGUGAACGUGUGAACUUAGAUGGCAAAAAGAAGGCAGAAUUUGUAAAGAUGAUUCAUGAAAAGGCACGGCUAAACAUUGAAAGGAGGACUAAACAAUAUGUCCAUCAAGCCAACAAGGGACGCAAGAAGGCUCUCAUGAGGCGGAGAUUUGUUCCUAGCCAUUACUAUAGAGACCUUUACCAGAAAUUACAAAAUCUUACACAGGGGUCUAGGAGUGUAGAGGAUUACCAUAAGGAGAUGGAGGUGGCGAUGAUUCGGGCUAAUGUAGAGGAGGACCGAGAGGCCACCAUGGCUAGAUUUUUGAGUGGGUUAAAUAGGGACAUAGCCAAUGUAAUUGAAUUACAACAUUAUGUGGAGAUAGAGGACAUGGUGCACAUGGCUAUGAAGGUGGAGAGACAAUUAAAGAGAAAAGGGACAGCAAGGUACACUUCGGUUUCUAGCACUACUUGGAAAUCAAAAUGGGAUAGGAAUGAUCCAGGUGAAGCAAAGAGAAAGACCGAACCACCUAAGGGAAAAGAUGAGGGAACUAGCAACAAACCCAAGGUAGAAUCCCAACCUUCACGGAAUAGAGAUAUCAAAUGUUUUAAGUGUUUGGGUUCAGGGCACAUUGCUUCUCAAUGUCCAAAUAGGAGGGUGAUGAUUAUGCGUGACAAUGGGGAGGUGAUGACUGAGAGUGAGGAUGAUAGUGAUGAGGUGCCCGAGUUGGAUGAUGCUAGUGAUGAUGAUGGAGUGGUAUACCCUGUGACAGGUGAGUCUCUUGUUGCCAGGCGUGCUCUUAAUGCACACAUUAAGGUUGAUGAUGCAGAGCAACAGAGAGAGAACAUUUUCCAUACUAGAUGCCAUGUCAACAAUAAGGUAUGUAGUAUGAUCAUUGAUGGAGGGAGUUGUACUAAUGUGGCUAGCACUACUUUGGUUGAGAAAUUGAAUUUACCAACCUUAAAACACUCCAGACCAUACAAAUUGCAGUGGUUGAAUGAUUGUGGGGAGGUUAGGGUGGAUAAACAAGUGUUAGUUACUUUUUCUAUUGGGAAGUAUCAGGAUGAGGUGCUUUGUGAUGUUGUGCCUAUGCAUGCGGGCCAUAUUUUGUUGGGGAGGCCAUGGCAGUAUGAUAGGAGGGUGACACAUGAUGGGUUCAAGAACAUGUACAGCUUUGAAAAGGAGGGCAAACCAAUUAAGCUUGCUCCUUUAACUCCAAGCCAGGUCUAUGAGGACCAAUUGAAAUUGAAAAAGAAAAAAGAAAGAGAGUCUUCUGAGAGAAAAGGAAAGGCAAAAGUGAGUUUCUAUGCAAGAGAGAGUGAGGUUAAGAGGGCUUUCUUCGCAGAUCGCCCUAUGAUUUUUCUUGUCUAUAAAGAGUCUUAUCUUACUCUUAAUGAAACUAACCAGUUUCUUCCUAGUUUGGCUGUUUCUUUGUUGCAGGAGUUUGAGGAUGUAUUCCCGGAUGAGAUGCCAAAUGAGUUGCCACCCAUUAGAGGCAUUGAGCACCAGAUUGAUUUUGUGCCCGGGGCUGCUAUUCCAAACCGACUAGCCUAUAGGAGUAAUCCAGAGGAGACAAAGGAGCUUCAGAGGCAAAAGGAUGGGACGUGGAGGAUGUGCAUUGAUUGCAGGGCGGUCAACAAUAUCACGGUAAAGUAUCGCCAUCCCAUUCCUAGAUUGGAUGAUAUGCUUGAUGAAUUGCAUGGCUCAUGUAUUUUCAGUAAAAUUGAUCUUAAAAGUGGGUACCAACAAAUUAGAAUGAAAGAGGGUGAUGAAUGGAAAACUGCUUUUAAGACUAAAUAUGGGCUUUAUGAAUGGUUGGUUAUGCCAUUUGGACUUACAAAUGCGCCCAGUACUUUCAUGAGAUUAAUGAACCAUGUCCUACGUGCAUUCAUAGGCAAGUUUGUGGUUGUGUACUUUGAUGAUAUCUUAGUGUACAGCAAGAACUUAAAUGAACAUAUUGACCAUUUGAGAUAUGUGUUUGAUGUGUUGAGAUGUGAAAAGUUGUAUGCUAAUUUCAAGAAAUGUGCCUUUUGCAUGGAAAAAGUUAUUUUUCUUGGUUAUGUUGUUAGUACGAAGGGUAUUGAGGUGGAUGAAGAGAAAGUCAAGGCCAUCAAGGAGUGGCCAACGCCAAAAAGCAUCACUGAGGUAAGAAGCUUUCAUGGCUUAGCAAGCUUUUAUCGGCGUUUUGUUAAAGACUUCAGCACCAUUACUGCACCACUCACUGAGGUAAUUAAAAAGAAUGUUGGGUUUCAUUGGGCUAAUCAAGAGAAUGCUUUUGCCACUAUUAAAGAAAGGUUGUGCUCUGCACCUGUGUUAGCAUUACCUGAUUUUAACAAAGCUUUUGAGAUUGAAUGUGAUGCCUCAGGAAUUGGGAUUGGAGCUGUUUUGAUGCAAGAUAGGCGUCCCAUAGCCUUCUUCAGUGAAAAGUUAAGUGGGGCAUCCCUGAACUACCCUACUUAUGACAAAGAGCUUUACGCUCUUGUUCGUGCAUUAGAGACUUGGCAGCACUACCUAUGGUCAAGGGAAUUUGUGAUCCACACCGAUCAUGAAUCAUUGAAGCAUCUCAAGGGUCAAGGUAAGUUGAAUAAAAGGCAUGCUAGAUGGAUGGAAUACAUUGAGACAUUUCCCUAUGUCAUCCGUUACAAGCAAGGUAAGGAGAACAUUGUUGCUGAUGCUCUAUCCCGGAGGUAUGUACUUCUUACUUCUAUGAGUGCUAAAAUGCUUGGGUUUGAAUAUGUGAAAGACAUGUAUACCGAUGACGCUGAUUUUUCUAAUGUGUAUGUGGCAUGUGAUAAGGCGGCAUUUGGUAAGUUUUACAAGCAUGAUGGUUAUUUGUUUAAAGAAAGCAAACUUUGUCUGCCAAAUUGUUCUAUGCGUGAGUUAUUGGUGCGUGAGGCACAUGGUGGGGGAUUAAUGGGACACUUUGGUGUCAAGAAAACUUUAGACAUUUUGCAUGAACAUUUCUUUUGGCCUAAGAUGAAGAGAGAUGUUAACCGUAUUUGUGGAAGGUGCAUUACAUGUAGAAAGGCCAAAUCUAAGGUUUUGCCACAUGGGUUGUAUACACCCUUACCCGUUCCUAGUGAGCCAUGGGUAGACAUAUCUAUGGACUUUGUUUUGGGGCUGCCUAGGACCAAAAGGGGUAGAGAUUCUAUUUUUGUGGUAUACUCUCCUUUUGAAAUUGUUUAUGGAUUUAAUCCACUUACUCCUUUGGAUUUGAUGCCUUUACCUGUUGAUGACAGGAGUAGUUUGGAUGGACAAAAGAAGGCGGACUUGGUGAAGUCACUUCAUGAGAGGGUACGGCUUCAAAUUGCCCAAAAGAAUGAAAGGGUUGCGUCCCAAGCCAAUAAAGGACGAAGGCGUGUCAUCUUUGAACCAGGAGAUUGGGUUUGGGUUCACAUGCGCAAAGAAAGAUUCCCAGCCCAUAGAAGGACUAAGUUACAUCCUCGAGGAGAUGGACCUUUCCAAAUUAUUGAGAAAAUUAAUGACAAUGCAUAUAAAGUGGAUCUUCCAGAUUCGAGGUCGAAUCCUUUUGAGGAGAGGGGGGGAAUUCAUUCUCACGGCUUCAUAUCAGUAGUGUUUCAACCAGGAGAUUGGGUUUGGUUGCACUUAAGGAAGGACCGUUUUCCAGAGAAGCGGCGUUCAAAACUCCUACCUCGGGGUGACGGGCCAUUUCAUGUAGUAGAACACAUCAAUGAUAAUGCUUACAAGCUUGACUUACCAGGUGAGUAUGGUGUCAGUGCAAGCUUUAAUGUUGCUGAUUUGUCUCCUUUUGAUGUAGGUGAUGAUUUGAGGACAAAUCCUUCUCAAGAGGGGGAGAAUGAUGCAAAUCAAGGAGCUGGACAUGUUGAUCAUACAAGUGGGAAUGGAGCUGAAUUUGCACAAGACCCUUUGUCACUUCCUAGUGGCCCAAUUACAAGACUUAGAGCCAAACGUUUCAAGGAAGCACUUAAUGGGCUAAUCCAAGAGAAUUGGGCUGAU